UCCGGGGGCGGGUUUCCGUAAUUCGAUAGUCGACACUCGUCGGCUCGAUACUUCAAUUCGAUAUCGAACGCUUGGCGAGACCAUUUUGGUUUCCGUAUUUCGAUAUGACCACUCUCGUUUUCAUAUUGUAGGAAGCGUUUCGAGUGUUUUGUAGCUGUCAAAACCUGUGUGAAAUAAAUAAAUAUAAAUGGUAAUUCGAAUGAAAACAAUGUACAAUUGGCGUUAUUUUUUGAUUUUGGACGGUUUUGGAGAGGAAAACUCUUUAAUUAAUAGAAGAAGGAUCCGAGAUGCAUCUAAUCCCAUGGAAUUGCCUGAAAAGUGGUAAGUUUAAUUAAUAUUGUAAAAACUAAGGAGCAUUCAAUUUCUUUUCAAUUUAUUUCCAUUUCUAAGCUUCCAAACAAAAUAUCGGCUGACCAAAGAAGUAUUUAUGUACGUUCUCAACGAAAUAAAAUUAAGGAAAUGCAUGAGAACUACAUAUAUUCCUCCAAUCAUGAGACUAGCAGCAACACUGGAAAUUUUAGCAGGUGGCGGGUACCAGUGGCAAACGCGACACGUUGUCAUCCAUGGAAGACCAUUUAUGUAGCCAAUGCAUAGUUUAUGAAAAAGACUUCCAGCCGUGUAAGGAGUGGUUCAAUCAAAAAUACAAUUUUCCUGGGGUUGUCGGUGCCGUCGAUGGUACGCAUUUGCAGUUGCUAAAACCUGUGGAAAACGAACACAUAUAUUUUAAUAGAAAAGGCAAACAUAGCAUUAAUGCAAUGAUAGUAAGUAUAUAUAUACUUUAUGUAUGAAAUUUCCUUGGAAUUGUUUAUGAAUUAUCGUAUUGGACAAUCUUUAAU